AGCGCGCGCGGCGAUGGCGGCAGCGGUGGAGCAGGGUCUCUGCUCCGUGUACUUCUGCGGGAGCAUCCGUGGCGGGCGCGAGGACCAGGCACUGUAUGCGCGGAUCGUGUCGCGGCUGCGACGCUAUGGAAAGGUGCUCACUGAGCACGUGGCUGCUGCAGAGCUGGACCCGCGCGGUGAGGCGGCGCGGGCUGCAGACCCGCAGAGUGGGGCUAGAGGAGAAGAGGCUGCUGGGGGCGACCGGCUCAUUCAUGAGCAAGACCUGGCCUGGCUGCGACAGGCUGAUGUGGUCGUGGCCGAGGUGACACAGCCAUCCCUGGGUGUUGGCUAUGAACUGGGCUGGGCAGUAGCUCUUGGUAAACAAAUUCUGUGCCUGUUCCGACCACAGUCUGGCCGUGUGCUUUCCGCCAUGAUCCGGGGAGCAGCAGAUGGCUCGAGGAUCCAGGUGUGGGACUACACAGAGGGAGAGGUGGAUACCAUGCUUGAUCGAUACUUUGCGGCUUACCCUCCUGAGAGAAAAACCACCUCCAGUGACCCAAGUACCUGACCUAUCCCUUCUUUAUUAAAAAAAGUU